UCGCCAUGGCGACCACAGCGGAGGGGCUGCCCGAGGCCGGCGCGCAGCCCGCCAAGCAGGAUCCUGCUGUUGAAACAGCAGAGGAAGCUAAGGAACCAGCAGAGGCAGACAUCAAUGAACUCUGUAAAGACAUGUUCAACAAAAUGGCCACUUAUUUAACAGGUGAAUUGACAGCCACCAGUGAAGACUACAAACUCUUGGAAAACAUGAAUAAGCUGACUAGCUUGAAGUACCUAGAAAUGAAAGAUAUUGCUAUAAACAUCAGUAGAAAUCUGAAGGAUUUAAAUCAAAAAUAUGCUGCUCUUCAGCCAUAUCUGGAACAAAUCAACCUAAUUGAGGAACAGGUUGCAGCUCUGGAGCAGGCAGCUUAUAAAUUGGAUGCAUAUUCCAAAAAACUAGAAGCCAAGUACAAAAAACUGGAGAAACGAUGAAAUUACAACAGUCUUUAAGUUGGAGUUGGGCUAUGAGUCAGACUGAUUUCUGUUUAAGUUGCACAACAGCAAUUCUGUAUGUUGACAAGGAUUUGGUUACAGCUAACAUCAAGACUUGUAACUUUUUAUCUAUUGAAUACAGUAGGCUGUAUUCAGGCUUAAGACUGAAUAAUAUUUUCCUUUUCUCAAGAGGUUCUGUUGUCUCAGUUGUUCUGCCAUGAAAAGCAGAAGCCAGUCCCUAACCCAUAUGUUGAUAUUGGCUAUCCGUGUGUUAGUCCUAUGUCCCACAUGGAAUACUCUAUCUAGGAAAAGUCCUCCAUAACCUACAAAGACAUUUUUCCUUAGUAGCAGCAGGACCUAAACUUCAUUUUUUCCUUCAUCAAGCUCUGCGUUGAGAAGAUACCUGGGCCUUUGGACUUAUGAGCAUGGUAUUGAAAACACUUCAUUUUGGUAUCCACCUUUAUCUGUUUGAAAUAGAGAGACUAAUUAUUAUAAAUUUACAAUAAAACAACUUGUUGCAUUUGUCUC